CCCUGAUCAACUCGUCUGCCAGCACAUCCGCCCAUUCUCGCCGUUCUGCAGGAUCCACUGCCGCACCGGCCCUCGCUCCCAGCGCCUCGGUCGCACUUUCCCUCCCCCGCAUCCGCAUCCGCCUCGCACUCCAUCCAUCCGUCCAUGGCCGAUUGUUUCGAGCUCUAUCAGGACUCGCCCGAGUAUAAGCUCGAGCUGGCCCUGCUGAACUCGCACGCCCAUGCCCACCACUCCAUUCUGUCCCACAAAUAUAUUUACAAUCCCCUGCAAUAUCCAGUGUUGCCGCCCGACCUGCUUCAGCUGCACAACUCUGGCGAUGGCGCUGUCAUCGGCGGCAGCCCAGAAUACCCUGUCAUCAAUGUCGACAGCGACGAUGAAGCACACAGCGACGAUCGCCACCAUGCCGCCGCACCUGCAAUCCCUCGGACACGGCAGGCCCUCGCCCGGAUCUCAGCAAUCGGCGAGCCAACGGCAAAGCGCUUCAAAUCGACAGCGUCCGCUCCUCCGUCGAUCGCAGACACGCACAUCAGCAUCUCUGACAACGACGAUAACGAUGCUGAAGCGGAUCGCGGCGAGACCAGCCACAACGACACACCGAGUCGAUUGCCUCGGCCGAUCCAGUACCAGCGCAAGCUGCUGCUCAUCCUGGAUCUCAACGGCGUGCUGAUAGACCGUCUGGUAACAUCCCAGGACAAGUCCGCCGCCCAGGCAAAUCCCUUCAACCAGCAACUGCCCAGCUUUUCCUGCAACCAGUGCUAUAUCCACAUCAGGCCAUUCCUCCGAACCUUUCUCGACUUUAUAUUUGAGCACUUUUACGUCGCCACCUGGACCUCGGCAAAGCAGCAGAACGCAAAGAAUAUCAUCUGGAUCCUGUUCCAGGAACGCUGCCAUCGACUGGUCUUCAAGUAUUACCAAACAGAAUGCACCGACUCUGGCCGGGUGAGCGGCCGGGGCAAGCCCGAGUUCAUCAAGGAACUUUCCAACAUCUGGCGAAACCCCCUAUACUCGCAGUGGAACCAGAGCAACACUUUGAUUAUCGACGACAGCAGCCACAAGUCUCAGCUCAACGCCGCCAAUUCCCUGCUUGUGCCCACCUUCACCGUGAGGAGCGGAAGCAUCGACUGCUGGAAAGACACUGGGCUUCUCUCGAUCAUGCAGUACCUGCAGGCGCAACUCCAAGACAUCCACUGCGACGAUGUGCAGCAAUGGCCACCCUUUGUGGAUGACACGACGGGCCGUAUCCUGCCUCCGUUUCAAGUCACGCACAUCCGUGAGGAUCUCGAGAAGGAUCGCAACUGGGGUGUGCUUUCUCUGAGCCAGCGAGAUGCCCUCCUCAAUCGACUGCAGUUCCAGCCGUAGCUACUACUACUGGGUCUGUCCGACAAACACGGCUCUGUUGGAAACCAACGGGAAAGGUGGCUGGGCCGUGAGCAUCCGACCAGAGCCACUGCGUUGACGAGCGCGAUCCAGAGUGGUGCCCGAGUACCUUCAGAGGGCAGAGGCAUGUGCGAUGUUCAAUCAGCAAAGCUGUAUGUAUUUGUCUGCCAGGAAGUUGAUCUCACUGGUCUGAUUCAAGAUAUGAGGAUGCAGAG